AUAUUUGUCAUCCUUUUUAUCACUCCCUUACUUAUUGUUGUCUGCAUAUACUCAUUAAUUUUAUAUGAGAUACACCGACGUAACAAUAAAGCUAAUCUUCACUAUAAUCGAGCCUAUGGUAAAGCUAAUCGCAAAACCAUUAAAAUGAUGUUACUAGUAUCGGUCACAUUUAUAAUGUGUUGGAUACCAUUAUUUAUUUGCUUCUUUAUUAUUGCGUACGGAGCAGUAACCAACCAAACUCGUAUAACUUUCUUCUUUAUUUAUGCUGUAAGCCAUUUAGUAAGUUAUUGCAACAGUGCAGCUAAUCCGUUAAUAUACGCUGGAUUUACCUCAAGAUUUCGA